GCAGCGGUAGUACAGGCAGCAGCACUAGCACCAGCAGCACCAGCAGCAGCACUGCGUCUUGAGUCGGUCAGUCAGUUGAACGCGCUUUCUCGGUGACCGAAGAAGUUGGUUCGGCGCGCGCGCUAUUGGGCUAUUGGUGGGGAGCAAAUUUCUCCAUCCCCCUUCGAAAGCUUGUGACCCGAGUGCAGUGGCAAAAGUUUUUCAAUUAUCCAACGUUUAGAGGUGUUUUAAUAAUUAAUACAAAUCGGUCUACCGUCGCGCCGUUGUGACUCGAGUGCGCGCGCGAGAUUCGGGCGCAAGGAAGCCAACAGGGGAGUGAAAGAGGCUGAAAGAGUGCUGGGAAAUCUUAAUAACAGACCGAUUAAAAAGUGAUUACUCUACGGUGCAAUUUGCCUGUGAUUGACUAGCCGGAAGCUUGCCGUGAUCGAAUAGCUCUUCUUUUUGGGACAACAGGAACAUUGAAUGCUCUUAUAUGGACAUUGACACUCUAUAUCUGCAACUCCUUCUUUUGCUGAAGCAAGGAAUCUCCAAAGGGAUGAUGCCCAACUUCUACGAUGGCUCCCGUCCCACGAUGGUACCCACCGGCUCCAACCUGCCGGUGCUGCUGGGCAAUACCGUCAAUCAAGGGGAUCCAAACUCGAAGAAGCUGGCACACUUCGAUCUCGAGGCAACUCUGCAGACCAUCGAUAACGAAGUGCUCGAUGGAGAGGAAGGAAGCUGCCCAAUCUGCAACAAGACUUUCAGCCGGAAAACUUCCCUGCUCAAUCACAUCCGGAAUCACUCGGCGGAAAAGAAAUAUGUGUGCGAGUUUUGCCAAAAAGGUUUCACCCAGCAAGCUAAUCUGCGCAACCACGUUCGCAUACACACCAACGAACGACCAUACGUGUGCGUCGACUGUGGAAAAGCCUUUACUCAGAUUACCAAUCUGAACAAUCAUCGACGAUUGCAUACGGGCGAAAGACCGUACGUUUGUAUAGAAUCAAACUGUGGCCGCUCAUUUGCUCAGGUCACAAACUUAAACAACCAUAUGAAAACGCACCACAAAACCACCCUGUACGUAUGCAAUCAGUGUCCGCGCAAGUUUAGCCAAGUUACUCAAUUGAACCUUCAUUUAAUUACCAACCACAGUUCGACUAGAGGGUUUUUCUGUCCGCAGUGCCCCGAUAAGUCGUUCAAGCAGCAGUCGCAUCUGCAGCAGCACAUGAAAAUUCACGGGACCAAUUUCGGCUACUCGUGCACCAAGUGUGAGGAAAAGUUUAUACAAGAGUCGCACCUGCUGCUGCACAUGAAGCAGCACGGCGAUUACGCCUGCACCAUGUGCUCGAUGACAUUUAACGACGAGGUGCUGUUGAAGAAGCACGUGCAGAGGCACGUCGACGGGAGAUACCUAACCUGCCCGGUGAUUAGCUGCAGCGAAGGUUUCACCAUGAAGAACCACCUCACGAAGCACAUGCAGAUGCACCAUCCCGCCGUCGAUCUCAAGAAGCUGGGCGCUCUGCCCGACGGAAACAAGGCGCCGAAGCACUUCUGCCACUAUCACAACUGCAACGAUUCGUUCGACACGGCGGACGGGUUGAGCAACCAUUUGCGGAUGGCGCACGGGUUACCGAUCGCCCUCCCACUGUCGCUGCCGGUGGACGACAAGAAGCUGAUCCAGCACGGGCUGCACGGACUGAACGGGGGGAUCGAAACGCCACCACCACCGUCGGUGCCACCGCAUCUGCUCCACUCGCAGCUGCAUCCCACCGCCUCGGUGAUGAAUGCCAGCUUCCAGUCAUAUCAGAACCAGAUCAACCAGGCCAACCAGCAGCUGGCGAACGGCAACGGGGACGGCAAGCUAAAGGUUCUAUCCGUAUCCGAUUUGCUCAAUAUAAGCGAGCAGCUGAACCAACAGCAACAACAAGUGCAAUCACAUCAGCAGCAGCAGCAACAACAACAACAGCAACAACAACAGCAACAACAACAUCUACAUCAACAGCAGCAGCAACAACAGCAGCAGCAACUACACUUACAGCAACGACCAGACAUGGCCAUGAAAGUCGACAUCGAUCAAAACCUUGACGACAAAAUGAGCAAUUUCAAUAGAAUUAAGACGGAGCUGCAGGCCAACAUGCUGGCCCAGACGCAAAACCUGUUCGGCAUCUCGAACACGCUGAACAACACCUUCAACGUGCAGCCGAAGCUGAUCUGCACCUACUGCUAUAACGUCUUCAAGACGCCCCAAACCUUGUCGCGGCACAUUGAGAAGUUCCACAGCUAAAAGGGGACCGAACCGAGGUGUGCUGUAGCGCCGGGGAAAUGGGCAAAGAAGCAAAACAAAACAAAAAACAAAGGUCAAGUGUGCCGGUUAUGAUUACCAAUGCCGACACGGUUCUUGCGAAGCUCUCAUGCGCCAUACAGAAAGCAUAGCAGCUGGAAGCAUGCCUUCGAAACGCAAAUCACUUGAAAAGUGGUUUGGAAAGCAUUUCAGUCGCGUACCACAUAUUAUGAGUAGGAUUAUGUUUUAGUAUACGUUCAGCUAGGAUCGGAUAGGGCAGUGUGCUGCUCGGUACAUCCAUUUAUCAAGUCACAAACCCAAUGGUCGUUUUAGUCUAUGGAAAACAGAAAAAAACAAAACGGUAACACAUUAUGCUGUACAAAAUGUAAUAAACCCGCGAUAGUCGAACAGAUAAGAUAUAGUAUUCGUAUAAAGAGAAAUAGAGAGAGAGAGACAGGGUAACGGAUACAUUGAACCGGUGUCAAGAGAUCCUUUCCCCGACGAUUUAGGCGACACUUCUGUAGGGCAGAAAGUUAGAAAUAUUUCGACGGCACAUCAUUAAGAGAAUAGUAACGGACAAUUGUGGGAUGUUGCGAAUGGAAAAGCGACUACAAAAAAGAGUACAAAAUGAACAAACAAUUUUUAAUGGACACUAUUAGGCAAACCACACAAAAAUAUAUCAACAUACACACUCACACACAGACACAUAGGCACAACGUGCGCUUUGGCAGCCGGAAGUGUGGGUAUAGCGUGUGCGGCAAGUGUAUGAGAAAUAUGUUCUAUUUCAGUUAGAUAUGGUGUACCUAUUGCCAGUAGAGAAAAAAAAACCUUUUAAACAUGAUAGUAGCGAUCAUUUGUUGUUAGAGAAAAGAAAAUGAAAGCGAAAAGGAAACAGUAAAGAAGCUCUAGCAUAUUCUGCACCCCAAUUUUUGUGAAUGUAUGUAUUCCAAUCGUCUCGGAAUCGGUCGUUAAAUAAAAUGAAUAAGAAAGUAUGAUGAUAGUUCUCGCGGCUGUUCCGGUCGCAACCGGUAACUCUUGAUUAGUUGGCGCAACCGGUGCUGCGUUCGUCGUGCUACAGUAACGCUAAACGUAGAGUGAAGCAUGUUAAUGUGUAAACCUGGACACCACGCGCAAAAAGAAAGGGGCAAUAUACCUAGUUGUGUGCAAUGGAAAAACAAUAAAUGGAACAUGAUCAUUU